UUUAAAGAAAAACUAGAGAGAGGCUAUAAGAGAAUGUCUCUAAGUGUGGUUCAUUACAGAGAGCUUCGGAUGACCUCGGGACCUAUCUGGAGCGACGAUAAGAUAAGGAUUUUGGAACCCAUCUUGACGUUGACGUAGAUAUCCAAGAGGUGCAAAUGCACCAAUACUAAAACCACUCUCUUCACCGGGUCAUCGCCUGGAGAUUCUUUCCAGCUUGAAUGAGAAACUCUCCGAGUUACCCUCCGAGUUUGCCAAAGCAUUUGCCACAAUGGUCCUGGCGCGGCUCUCAAAGGCGCUAGGUCGCCGCCUUCAGACUGUGACUCUCUUGUCACCAAGCAGCAGACUCCAGCAGCGGCGCUGGGCCCAAGUGCACGACGUGCGAUUCUUAGCGACGACGCAGGCGCCGCGCAACAUCGCCGAGAAAUACCGCGAGAAGCUCGACCGCAAGGCGCAAGCCGAGGGUCUCCGCAACGUCGAUGAGCUCAAAACCGCCUAUGCAGACCGUAUUCAAGAAUUGAAGAAGAGAGACAGCAUAUCGGUCCCGGGACUCGACGCCCUUCUCGCAGACGAGGAGCCUCAGGCUCAAGGCAAGACAGAAUCAAAAUCACAAACACAAACACAAACGGAAACAACCCGUCCGCCGACAACAGCCCCCCGUUCGAAUACCUCCCACGGCUCUACAAAACCAUUAUCCGAGAUUCUCGACCUGGACAAGGCCCGCAAGCUCCCAGUGAAAGAAUUGUCGGCCAUCUGGCGUCUCCGCCAUGCAUCGUCCGCAAACUCGCUCUGCGCAGUGAUCCCAACAGCCACAUACCGCGCCCUCGAGCGCACCGCGCGCAGCCAUCCGAGUUUCGUGCUUCCUAUACCGCGCGGGGACCAGGGCGCCGAGAUCCACUUUCUACAGUGGGUGUUCGACGCGGCAUCGGGCACGAGCACGGUACUCUUCACGCAGCUCGCCGAGUUCAAGGCCCGCGGCGAGUGGGCGCAGCCGCACACCAGCGUGACGCACUACGCCGACUAUGGCAACUCCGUGGAGGGACUGUCGCACGAGGAGAACCAGGGUGUGGUGUUGAUGGCUGGGAGCCUCGUCGAGGGACGCGGUGCCUCUAUCCAAGACGCGAACUGGCUCGUCUCGCUACUGCAGCGCUUCUAUGGCGAGGAGGGCACUGGCGGGGACUCCGCUAAGAGGAAAUUGGUGGAGGAAUUCGGGAAGGGCGCUGGUGGCGAGUUCUCUGUUGAGAAAUUAAUUGAAGAGUGCGAGAAGCUCUUCUGAGAGGGUUGGCCACAAGGAGCUAGGGAGCUGGUUUACGCAUAAGUGUCCCUGCAAGGGGACCUUCGAAUCUACGCUGCGAGAGGCCCGGUGUACAUGAUAGUUGUCCCGGAUCACGGCAAAUGGCUUUCUGUAGGGGGCAAGCCCUGGUUGAAAGGAAGAGACUAUCGGUAUACAUAUCCGUGUACAAAAGCCCCUUUUGGGCUGUAAACGGUGCCAUACUCUGCAUAUUUGAUCCCAGGCUUCUCGCCAGGGAGACGCCGCCUACAGUAAACCGUCUAUUUGCGCCGAGAGACCACAAUAUCAGCCGUCCCGUCCUGUAGGCGCAUUGUAUAUUUACACUUAGGAAGCCACGCAGCAACUGUACGUACACAUACAUUCUAGCAGAGCCACAAACACGGGAUUCAUACAUCAGGGAUGCAGAGUAUCAGAGUUAUGAACCAGACCAUAAUUUGCACAAAUUCAUGUAGACUUAACUUAGUGAGUUAAGCCUUCAAGUGGUUAUGAGGUGGCCAACUUCAUAACUCAGUGAGUCACAGAUCAAUU